UAAGAUCGAAUUGCGUCACGUCACUAACUGUCAUUACAUUUCUGUAAAUUGAUCAUUGAUACAGUUAUGUAUUUUGUAAAUAAUAAAUAGUACAUUAAUUGCUCGUUAGCCGAAAAGCUUAAUUUGUGAUUGAGCAAACUUUAUGUAACUGAGAUUACGGAAACCGCAACUGUUUAACACCCACAAUAUGAAAAUUAAUGUGACAGAUUUUAAGGAUAGUUGUAGAGCUUGCCUCCAACAGAACAAAAUAUUUUACAAUAUUUUUACUUGUUAUUAUGUUAAACGCAAUAUUUCAUGUGUCGAAAUGCUAACCAACUAUACUAAAAUUAAGCCAAUUAAACAGGAUGGUUUACCACAACUUAUUUGCAAGGAUUGCUUUAGGCAGUUAAAACGAACAUAUGACUUUUGUAUACAAUGUGAAAGCAGUGAGAUAAGGUUAACUAAUCUUUUGUUAAACCUUAAAAGUAACAGUGAAACUAUUAUUGAAGUGGAUAAAAUCAGUUUGUGUAAUGUUAAAGAAGAAAAUAAUAUCAAGCUCGAAUCUAAUACUGAUGAUAAAAUUAAUGAAAUAUCAUCAGCAGACGAAUUAAAAAUAGAACCUAUUCCUGAGAACAAUGAUGAGAAUGAGAACUGGAAUGCCGAUGAUGAUAAUUUACUUAUUGAAUUCAAACAAAUUGAUCCAAAGGAUGAGUCAGUUAUAAAGAGGAAAAGAGGGAAGAAGAAAAAAUUUUCUCAUUUGGACGACGAAGAAUUAGCUAAACCAACUAGUAAGUUGCCACACCAAUGUGAUGUGUGUGGUAAAAUAUUAAGUUCUAAAAGUAACCUCAACUCUCACAAAAUAAUACAUACAGAUCAAAGGCCUUUUAAAUGUAAAGAGUGUCCAGCAUCUUUUAAAGGCCACAGCGGUUUAUUUCAGCACAAGCGGCUACACACAGGUGAAACUCCAUAUCAUUGUGAAUAUUGUCCCAAGCAGUUUAGAAAGAAAACUACACUUAUAUAUCAUAUACGUACACAUACUGGUGAAAAGGAAUACGAUUGCAAAAUUUGUCUAAAAAGUUUUGUUCAGAGCGCGCAACUCGCGAUACAUAUGAAACGGCAUAGUGGUGAUAAGACGUACCUCUGUCAGGACUGUGGAAAAGCAUUUAUAAUAAAAGCUGACCUUAAAGUUCACCAACGAAUUCAUAACCGAGAAAAGCCAUACUCAUGCCAUUUAUGUGAGAAAACGUUUGCGACGUCUGGAAAUCUGUCUAUACACGUUCGGAUACAUAACAGGGAAUUUAGAUACACAUGCAAAUACUGCAGCCGUGGCUUCAUAACGUGCAGUUCUUACAAUGUUCAUUUAAAAAGACAUCGCGGGCAGAGAGACUACUCCUGCGAAUGUGGAAAGAAAUUUUACACAUCUUCAGCACUGAAACAGCAUAAAGUUGUUCACACAGGUGAAAAGCGUUAUCAGUGUAAAAUUUGCGACCGGAAAUUCACACAGACGAGCCACUUGAGUCGUCAUUUCCGGAAGGAUCAUGCGAAACCGGAUGAUCCGUUGCCGAACUCGGAUCAAUACAAAAUUGUUUUACCCGCUGAAAACGAGACGAGUGUGUUUAAUUUAAAAAUGGACGACGGUGAUCUCAAAUGUGAAGCGUAAAAUUAUGUUUUAAUCAGUCGAGAUAAGGUCGAGUGUUGAUUGAAGGUUUUUGACAAUACACAUUUUAAAAACUAAAUAGCAACCACAAUAAAUCGCAAAACAAUUUGCUGUUUGGCAAAUUAGCUUAAAUUUUAUAGACUAUAGUGGGAAAAGUAAAAAACAAUAUCAUUGAAGUAAUGGAACAAUAGUUUCCAUUACUUCAAUAAUGGAUAAAUGAUUGAUGAUGAUGAUGAUGAAAUGAUCAAAAUAAUUAAUUCAAUAAUGGAAAAAAAAUCCAUUUGCAAGACCAAAUUCUUGUUGUGUAUAAACAACUAACUAGUUUGAAUUUCGGAAAACUCGUGACUGUAAAGUAUGGACAACAAUGAGUUGUAUUGAAAUGUACCUAUAUUUAUCAUGUUUGAUACAAUGUAUAAUAAUGAAAUUAUAUAAAAUGUUAGUUAUACUUAUUUAUUGUAAAAAAAUACAAUAUGUUUGCAAAAAAA